AUGAGUCAACACACGAGGCAAGAAAGGUCGGCUCCGAUACUUCGAAUCCCAUCCGAUGCAGAACAUAUUCCAGAAGAAAACCGAUGUCUACAGAAUGCGCCAGAGAGACCAAACAACGGACACAUCGCAUUCCAGAUAUCAUCAGAGACGCAAGAAUUAUAUGCCUCGUGUCUUAAUGGUUUUGAAUGGGAAACUAACCCAAGAUAUACCGUGUUCACCUGUAACAAUAAUGACGGUGUCUGGUCGCCAGAGUAUACGUUGCCAAACUGCAUUCCAAUCUGUAGUCCACCUUGUCAGAAUGGAGGUAUCUGUUCUGCACCAGGCAGCUGUCAGUGUUUAUUUGGCUUCUCAGGCAGUCUGUGUCAGGAUUCCUCACAAGGAGCAGAGCCCAGCUGUGAAGUACUCUCAUCACCUCUCAAUGGUGAAAUAAGCUGUGUUCAGGAUAAUUUUGGGCUGGUGUGUGAGGCUGUGUGUAACGAUAAUUAUCACUUUGAAAAUGGUGGUAGUACUCUUGUGUACACCUGUAACAAUGCUGACCAUCGCUGGGCACCAAAUGAAAACAUUCCAGAUUGCACAUCUGACUUUGGCAGUGAAGUGUGCAGAUACCUUGACCCAGCCAGCAACUCAUUCACCAGCUGUCAACGAGGUUCAACAGAAACGUCUUGUACUGCAACUUGUUCCCAUGGCUACCAGAUGAGUAACGGAGAAACAUCCGUUACUUAUGACUGUAACCAUUUAAGUAAUCAGUGGAUACCAAGCGAGGAAUUUCCGCGCUGUGACCCUGUAUGCGACCCACCAUGUCAGAAUGAUGGACUCUGCCAAACCCCAGGGAGGUGUUUAUGUCUCCAUGGUUACACUGGAAACACCUGUGAAAUCAGUCCGGAAGAUUACUGUGAGAAUAAUCUGUGUCAGCAUGGUAGUACAUGUUAUAGUAACCCAUCCACUCACAGCUAUUAUUGUUCCUGUGCAGAUGGAUUUAACGGCUUCUACUGUGAACAUGUUGUUUGUGCUGAAAGAUCUCCAGACAAUGGUGCUCUGGCUUGCACACUUAAUAACACUAUGAAAAGCUGUUCUUUUCAAUGUCUGCCUGGAUAUCAACUUUCUCAGCCAAUCACUAACUCAUAUCAGUGUCACCUGAUCACUGGUCUUUGGACUCCUGAACUACCUGAGGUGUAUUGUAUACCUGAAGUGGUUCCAACACAAGCAGUCAUCAUUCCUGCUAUGUAUCCUACAUUAGGACCAGUUGGACCAGCAAAUCCCGAUCCACAGCAAGGUGGGUUCUGUUUCACCUGGGGUCAGAGCCACUAUCGUACGUUUGAUGGAUCAAUCUACAACUUCCGUGGUGGUUGCACUUAUCUUCUUGCUGGUAAUUGUUUGGACAACAGCUUCAAAAUCCAAGUACAUAAUGACAAUCAGUGUUUAGAUGCUGGACACUGUAAACGCUCUCUCACCCUGUUUGUUGGCAAUAUUGAAUUCUCACUUGACAGUACGCUGAAUGGUGUUCUCGUCAGCAGAAAUCAACAACCUCUAAACAUACCCAACAACAUCAAUGGGUUGGACUUUUCUAAGGUUGCGGACUAUAUCAUUGUCCGCAGUGGUUUAGGCUUUACUCUUAGAUGGGAUGGAGCUGAAGCAAUCUCUGUCAAGGUUUCAGAGUCACUUUUUGAUGAGACUUGCGGUCUUUGUGGGAAGUACAAUGAAGACGUCAUUGAUGAUUUUACAGAUAUCAGUUCUACUGUGGUGAGGUCUGUCUUUGAUUUUGCCAAUAGCUACAAAAUGAAUGAAAUCUCUGAAGAUGUUUGUUCAGAUAGCAGUCAGCAGUCCCUGUGUCACCAUAGUACAAAUGACGAUAUUGAGAUAGCACAGAUAGCAGACAGACUCUGUAAUCAGCUUUUAGAUUUCUCAGCUUGUCAUCAUGCGGUAAACCCAGCACCUUUCUAUGCAGCAUGUAAAGAAGAUGUCUGUGGUUGUCAUGGUAACAGUAGCUGCCAAUGUAGUAGUUACGCUGCAUAUGCUAAAGAAUGUGCCAGGCAUGGUAUCAACAUUGUGUGGAGAUAUGAAGAGAGAUGUCCUAUCACAUGUUCUGGUGGUAUGGUAUAUGAACAGUGUGGCAGUGCUUGUCCUAAAACUUGUCAGAAAACUGCCUAUCAGUGUGAAGAUGAUCAUUGUAUUGAUGGAUGUCACUGCCCCAAUGCCACUGUCAAGUACAACAAUGUCUGCAUUGCUGAAGAUGAAUGCCCAUGUGUCAAUAGUGGUAAAGAGUAUACAACCGGAUCUGAAAUACCCCAUGAUGAUGGCUGCAAUGUGUGUACGUGUCAAAGUGGAAACUGGCGUUGUACAGAAGAACAGUGUGGUGCUACUUGCUCUGCAUACGGUGAUCCUCAUUACGUAACUUUUGACGGUCGCCAUUAUAGAUUUACGGGUAAAUGUAGCUACGUUUUAAUGAAGACUAUGGAUGAUACUUUUGGUAAUUUCACCAUUAAUGUAGAUAACGUACAGUGUGGGGAUUCUCGUUCAGCCUGUACAAAGUCAGUUAUGAUUACAGUUGAUGACACUCAUCUUAAAUUGAAAAGAAGACAAGGAAUUGUUGUAAAUGGAAAUGAUGUUGAUAGAUCCAGUUUACCAAUCAAAAUACCGGGAUUAUUUGUAGAACAAGUGACCGAUCUGUACCAGAGGAUAACUUUGGACAAUGGAAUCCAAGUGAAAUGGGACAGUGUUGCAAGAGUUUACGUUACAGUCCCAGCAAAGUUUUUCAACAAUACUUGUGGUUUAUGUGGUACAUUUGACAGAAAUCAAGAGAAUGAUUUUUGGACUGAAGAGGGUGACAUUGAGAGACAGCCACGUGAGUUUGGUAAUAAGUGGUCUUUGGAUAGGAGUUGUGCUUCACCUCAGACGCCACCUAGUGAUCCGUGUGAGAUAUAUACACAGAGGAGACAGCAAGCUGAACAGCUUUGUGGAAUGCUCAGACAAUCUCCUUUUACAGAGUGCAAUAACCUAGUUAACGUUGAUGGCGUUUAUACGGACUGUAUGUUUGACCAGUGUAAUCAAGGCGGUGAUGAAACACCGUCCGAGGUGCUAUGUGAUUACCUAUCGAGUUACGCUAUGGACUGUGCCAAUCAUGGUUUGGUGCUUGCCUGGAGAGAUGUUGUACCCCAAUGCUUUAUUGAGUGUGAACGAGAGAAAGUUUACCAGGAAUGUGGAUCGGCAUGUCAAACAAGCUGUGCAGCACUGGGUUACGACUGUCAGCAAGAAUGCAUACCGGGAUGUAGUUGUCCACCGGGUAUGGUGGAAGAUUACCAUGGCAACUGUGUCUUGAUUGAAGAAUGUCCCUGCAAGUAUAAUAAUAAAAUGUAUGCCAGUGGUGAGCUCACCCACCAAGAUUGUAAAACCUGCCAAUGUACUAGUGGUGUUUGGCAAUGUGAAGACAGGGAAUGUGAAGACACUGAACUGGAGUGCAGCGAAAACAUGGAGUUUUCUAUGUGUAAAAAUAAUUGCCCACUCACAUGUACAAAUAUGAAUCAUGGACGUAGCUGUGCGUCAUCAACAUGUGAACCAGGCUGUCAGUGUCUUGAAGGUUACGUCUUGGAUGAUGAACAGUGUAUCCUUCCACAAGACUGUCCCUGUCACCACGGUGGUACAAGUUAUCAGACUGGAAAUACAAUAUUAAUGGAUUGUAAUACUUGUACUUGUAAUGGGCAACACUGGGAGUGUACAUCAAGUGAUUGUCCUGAGGUCUGUACUACAUGGGGCGACUCGCAUCAUGAAACAUUUGAUGGUAAACUAUACAGAUUCCAGGGCCAUUGCACAUACACCUUAUCUCAAAGCACUGCCAACAAUCCUCACAUCCAGUAUUCUGUAACUACAGAAAACAUCCCGUGUGGUACCAGCGGCGUCACAUGCACGAAAUCUGUUAUUUUCACUGUUGGUAGCGGUAAUGAUCGUCAACGUAUUGAACUGGUAAGAGAUAAUCCUGUAGUUUUUCCUAAGGAUUCUGUCUUUCAAGUCUGGGAAACAGGAAGGUUUGUGUUCAUACGCAUCCAGGAAGGUGUAACAGUGCAGUGGGAUAGAGGAACCAGAGUUUAUGUCAAGCUUGAUCCAAAGCAUAGAGGAAUGGUUGAAGGUCUCUGUGGGAAUUUUAAUAGCAAUCAAAUGGAUGACUUCCGAUCACCUGCAGGCGGACCAUCAAUCACGUCAUCAUUAGAAUUUGGCGACAGCUGGAAAGUGUUUGAAUCAUGUCCAAACUCUGUACAUGUUAACGAUACCUGCAGCCUCGCUCCUCAUCGCAAGGCAUGGGCUGACAAGAAAUGCAGUAUUUUAAAGGGACCUUUGUUCCAACCGUGCCAUAGUGAAGUUCCUUAUGAGCCGUACUAUGAGACGUGUGUGUAUGACGCAUGUGGUUGUGAUACAGGAGGAGAUUGCGAAUGCCUGUGUACUGCCAUUGCUACCUAUGCUGAAAAGUGCAACAUGAUUGGUAUCUCAACUCGCUGGAGAUCGCAAUACUUUUGUCCUAUGCAGUGUGAGGGAUGUGGUCAUUAUGAAGCAUGUACCAGUGCCUGCCCCAAGACGUGUGAUAAUUACUAUCAAUAUGACACUGUAAUGGAUCAGUGUGAUCAAACAUGUGUAGAAGGAUGUCAAUGUCCGGAUGAUGAAGUUUAUGAUGUAGAAUCCAAUAGGUGCAUUUCCCCAUCAGAAUGUUACUGUCUUAAAAUCGACGGUGUGAAGUAUUUUGAAGGUCAGACCAUACAGAGCCUUUCUGAUGAUUGUCAAACAUGUUUUUGUUCCAACCAUAGUCUACAUUGUCUGGGACAGCCCUGUGGAUUCACUCCAGCAACCACAGCAUACCCUACCUUAUCUACUGUAUUCACAACAAUACUACCAGCUACUACCAUGGUGACCACUGGAGAAAUUUCUACAUUGCAGCCAACUAUGGAAGCAACGACUCCUGCCAUCACAGAACAAACAACAUUGCAACCAACUACAGAGGCAACGACUCCUUCCAUCACAGAACGAACAACACUGCAACCAACUACAGAGACAACAACUCCUGCCAUCACAGAACGAACAACAUUGCAACCAACUACAGAGGCAACGACUCCUGCCAUCACAGAACAAACAACAUUGCAACCAACUACAGAGGCAACGACUCCUUCCAUCACAGAACGAACAACAUUGCAACCAACUACAGAGGCAACGACUCCUUCCAUCACAGAACGAACAACAUUGCAACCAACUACAGAGGCAACGACUACUUCCAUCACAGAACGAACAACACUGCAACCAACUACAGAGGCAACGACUACUUCCAUCACAGAACGAACAACAUUGCAACCAACUACAGAGGCAACGACUCCUUCCAUCACAGAACGAACAACAUUGCAACCAACUACAGAGGCAACGACUACUUCCAUCACAGAACGAACAACAUUGCAACCAACUACAGAGGCAACGACUCCUUCCAUCACAGAACGAACAACACUGCAACCAACUACCUCACCAUCACCAACUACAUCUGUCACUAGUCCAAUACCAGUGAGUUCGGCGAUGCCUUGCGAUAGCUGGACUCCAUGGUUGAAUUCUGACAUGCCAUUCUUGGGAAGCAUUGGAGACAUGGAAACGCUACAGAAUCUGAGAAGCAAGUACACAUUCUGUGAACGGCCAAAUAUGAUUAAAUGCCGAACAGUCAAUCAACACUAUGCACCUAAUGAACAGGAUAUAGGAGUCACAUGUCAACUCCAUCAUGGUCUUAGCUGUGUUAAUGCAAACCAAACAUCUGGUCUGUGUUACGAUUAUGAAGUCAGUUUCUUCUGCCCUUGUGAGGAAGAAACUACUGUGACCUCGCCUACUGUAAGCACGUCAUUUGUUAAAACUACUCCAGUAACUUUCCAUACUGUACCACCAACACUGUGUACACCCGGAAUGACACCAUGGAUGAACAUAGACUCUCCUAUGGAUGGUGAUGGUGACAUGGAACCUUUAGAUGAAUUACGACAGUUUUAUGGAUUCUGUCGUUUUCCAGAAGCCAUAGAAUGUCGUGAUGCACAGACUGAUGAACUUUAUACUAAGACAGGAGAGACCUUAACAUGUGACUUGAUGAAUGGCUUGUUAUGCUUUAAUUCUGAUCAAAUUAACGGGCUAUGUAGAGACUACAAGGUGCGACUGGAUUGUGGCAACUGUGGAGUGACGAGUCCACCAAAUGUAACUGAGUCUACUUCUGUUACUGAAUCUACUACAAUAUCGAGAACCACAAUGUCCACAACCACCGGGAUUGAAACGUCUUCUCUAAGUCCAAUCACCACAGAAGCUGUGACUACGACCACCACUGUCAGUCCAACUACACAAAUCUUAACAACUUUGGGUACCUUGAAGCCAGAAUGUAUCCAGCAUGGAUGGAGCCUUUAUAUGAGCUCUGAUGUUGGGGGCUACUUAAUGGAAGAUGGAGACUUUGAAACAUUUGAGAACCUGAGGAAAUACUACGUUUUCUGCGAAAGACCGGUCGAUAUUAAAUGCCGAUUAGUGAAAGAUAAAGAGAUAUACUACAAUAACACAGGUCAACGUGGUGUGACAUGCGAUGUGAAUCAUGGUCUGGUCUGUCUAAAUAGAUUGCAAGUGCGACCAAGUCGAUACUGUUAUGAUUAUGAAGUUAGUGUGUAUUGUAUCUGUGAAACGCCACCACCCUCAACACUUCAGCCAGUUGCAACAGAGAGAACGUUACCAGCCUCAACAACACCAUCCAUUAUCACUCCAUAUUCACCAGUCUGUGAUCAUGAUGGCUGGUCGCAAUGGAUGAGUUUUGAUUUACCAACUACUGGCAACAACGAUGGUGACAUUGAAGACUUUGUAUCUCUGAGGAAAGGUUACGAAUUCUGUCAAGAAGACGAAAUCAAAAACAUCAGCUGCCGAGUGAAAGACACCGGUAUUGAUAGCUCACUGUCUGGGCAAGAUGUUAUUUGUAGUAUUCAAGAUGGUCUGAUUUGUGAGAACAGCCGCCAAGGACCACAACAAAUCUGUGAAGAUUACACAAUAAGUGUAUACUGUCUUUGUGCAAAAACACCAGCACCCACAACAUUACCACCACUGACACAUACAACUGAAGCUGAAACAACAACUACUGCUACUUCAUCAGCUGGAAAAACUGUAAAGACAGUAACACCAGAAGGUACUACAAGAAUUGAAACCACAACCCCUAGUGGUGCUGUUACAACUAAAGUUACCACUCCCACUGGAUUUAGCACUUUUACAAGAACCACAAUAACAGAGGGAGUGACAACAGAAAAAACAACAACCAGUGAAGGCAUAACAAGUAUCAAGACCACAACACCAGAAGGGGCUGUUACAGCUGUCAUCACCACUGUGGGAGGAAAUGUCACUGAGGUUUCCACAACAGCUGGGGCUGAACAUACUACAAUCAAAACAAUUACAUCUGAGGGAGUGACAACUGUACAAACAACAGCUACACCUGUAACCACCAUACCUGGCAUUACUACACCUACAAUUCCUCCAGUUGUCUGUUCACAUGGUUGGACAAUCUGGAUGAAUACUGACACACCAACAACUGGAGACGGCGAUAACGAACUGAAAACACAACUACGUCUCAAAUACAGCUUCUGUGAAGAUGCAGAGAUUAUGCAAGCACAGUGUAGAUUGGCCAGUAUUCCACACACCAAUUCCAGAGUCACUGGGCAGCAAUUCAAUGUUCCCUGUGGUACAGAUGGUUUGCAAUGCCUCAACAGUCAGCAGAAUGGAAGUUUGUGUCACAACUAUGAAGUCCGGUUUCGAUGUGCGUGUAUUGGUGCAACUACCCUCCUGUCUACACCAUCAACCGUAGCAACCACUGGAAUUACUACAACUACUCCAAUCUGCCAACCAGGACAGGUUUAUUUACCCUCAGCAUUUGGAUGCAGUCAACUGUGUACUUCUAUGCUGAAUACGUUAACACAAUGUGUUGAUGAUGCCAACAUAAGUGCCUGUAUUCCUGAGUCAUCUAUGACACCAGAUGGAUUCUGUACUGAAGACAACACUAGGGUGAUGGAAAUAAACGGUGAAUGGAAAUGUCUUCCUGAAAGUGAAUGUUUUUGUUGGAGGGAAGACACACAGCAAAUGAUCCCGCCUGGUCACACAUGGAACAUUGGUCUAUGCAGGGUUUGUCAAUGUUUCAAUAACAGGGUCACUUGCUUCAAUAAGACAUCCGGUGACUGUCAACCCACAACCACAUCAAUACCCACAGAAUUACCUACUGAGGCCCAUACAACCAUUGGUGUAAUUACCCCAGAGAUAGGGUGUGAUCUCGUGGAAAAUUACUGGACUGAGUGGAUGAGCAGUGAUAGACCAGAUAGCAGUUUGGUUGAUGAAGGCGACUUUGAAACUAUUGAAGAGUUGCGUUAUGUUUUAAAGUUCUGUCCUUCUGACAUGCUAGCUGACGUGGAAUGCCGUACUGUUGACGGACAUGUUGCAUAUGAAGAUAUCAAAGAUGAUAUGAAUGUCAAAUGUGACUUAGAUGUCGGCUUACAGUGUUAUAACAACGAACAGAUGAAUAGAACUUGUCACGAUUAUGAAGUCCGCUUUUAUUGCCUCUGUGGAGCUGCAACAACACCGACUAUUGGAGUAACUAAUAUGACUGGUGUGGCCACCACUGCAACUCUUCUACCUGUUAUCACCACCCCCAUGACCACACAACCAUCUUUACAAGUAUGCAGUGCUGUUACAAAUUCUUCAAGAUGUCCAGAUUUCUGUCCAUUUGGUCAAAGCUGCGAUGGCACCAAGUGCGUUGAUACCAUAAACUGUCCAUGUAUGUACAAUGGCAAACUUCAACCAAAUGGCUUCUUCAUAAACGACAGAUGUGAAGCGUGUUCGUGUUUCAACGGCGUUGUCAGUGGAUGUCACGAACAUUGCGAGAUUACGUCAUGUCAAGAAGACUAUAAGUUGGUACACCCAGCAGGUGAAUGUUGUCGAUGUGAACCAUUCUGUGAAUGUGCAGCGGAUGAAUUCAUUUGUCAUUUAUCUACAAACUACAGCUGUCAUCAGCAGUGUGUGCCACAUCCUUAUCUAUGUGAUGGACACAUAGAUUGUCCCAUGGGUGAAGAUGAAAUGAACUGUCUUACAACACCUGCCCCUCCACAAGGCUGCACAGGUCCAAAUGGUGAAAUCAUCCCAAUUGGGGAGUCAUACAUUGAAGAGGGUUGCAGCAAUUGUACCUGCAUGGCAAAUCAGAGCUUGUCAUGUAACAAUGCAGCGUGUGUCAAAACAUGUAAAAUGUACCAUAAUACAUUUCAAACAUUUGACAAUGAAGAGUACAUCUAUGAUGUGUGUGAUCAUGUUAUGGCGAUGAAUAAACCAAAUUACAAUGUUGACUUUGAAGUUAGAGUGAAAAAGAUCUGUUUUGAUGAAUUUGAACCGAGCACCAAUUGUCAGAAACAUCUAGAAAUCAACAUACGCGAUACUGAUUUAUUGAUAUAUAAAAACUUCACGUUAUACAUCAAUGGAAUCCUCCAUCAUGUCUCUCAGCUUCCUGUGAUCAGCAGUAUCCUUACUGAUAGUCAAGGAAUAUCACUGUCUAAAACAGGAUCUGAGAUCAUCAUUCGUACAAACUUCAGUCUUGUUGUGUAUUGGUCAAACACUGGUGAGAGUCGUAUCCAGACUGGUAAUCAGCUGGAGAAUCUGGUACAAGGUAUGUGUGGAGUACCAAAUAGCGAUGCCGAAGAUGACUACACUAAACCAGAUAGUACACUUACUGAUGACGUUACUGAGUUUGGGGAUAGUUGGGGAUCCCAGGAAGGUUGUGAACCACCAACAGACUGUCUGGCUGAUAAUCCAGCGGAGACAGAAUUAGCUCGUCAACAAUGUAAUGUAUUAAGGUCAGCUAAGUUUGCAGGAUGUUUUGGUUACGUUGAUGUAGAACAUUACAUUGAAAUGUGCCAUCGUCAGGUUUGUGAGUGUUUAGUAAAUAAUGAAGGUCAUGCCCAGAGGUCUGAAUGUUCGUGUGAUCUCAUGAUGCUUUACUCCACUGAGUGUGCUAACAAUGGAGGGCCUGUACUGGAUUGGAGAACGCCACAGUUUUGUCCACCACCUGAAUGUGAGUAUCCCUUGGUAUGGCAUGAAUGUCAUAGCACCUGUGAAUGGACAUGCUCUGAACAAGGCUUACCGAUAUCUGACUGUGAAACUGGAUGUGCACCUGGGUGUGUAUGCCCAUCCGGAAAGGUCAAGAAAGGCGAUACUUGCAUUGAAAUCAAUGACUGCCAAGAAUGUUACUGUGAAGGAUUUGGUGACCCUCACUACUACAGCUUUGAUGGCACAUAUUUCCCCUUCCAAGGUAACUGUACAUACGUAGCAGCAAGAGACACAUCACAGAACAAGGAUUUUGAAGUGCUUGUUACUAACGAGGAAUGUAUCUCGGCUCCCCCAACCACAUGCACUGUGUCUGUAACUGUGCUUUACCAAGGUAACAAGGUGGUGCUGGAACGUGGAAGAAAAGUAAAUGUGAAUGGUGUGGAAUAUCAGUUACCACAUAGAAUUGUCUUGGAUGGAAUAAAGAUCAAACUUUUACCAUAUAAUAAUAUUAUUGAAUUACGCGUUCCAGAAAUUAACAUGGUGGUAACAUUUGAUCAACUUUCUGAUUGUUUCACUAUAAGUGUACCAAGUACUCAGUAUUAUGAUAGAACUGAAGGAUUGUGUGGCCCAUGUAACCACAACCUAGAUGAUGAUUUUACAAAAAAAGAUGGUCAAAUAACCGAUGAUACUGACGAAUUUGCAUUCAGCUGGUUGGUUGAGAAAGAUGACGAAGUAUGUAUCAGCGCUCACCCACCAUGUGCCGAUCCUCUCACAUUGAAUGAAGACCUUGCUGGUGACUGCACUCGAGCGAUAUAUGAAGGAAUAUUUCGCGAGUGUAAUUUGCUGGUAGAUCCUCAUCCAUACUUAAGAGCCUGUAUACUUGAUACUGCUUGCAACAACGGCAUGUGUGCGGUCUUAUCAUCUUAUGCACGAGAGUGUGCUCGCCAAGGACACUGUGUAGCAUGGAGAGAUACAUAUUCAUGUCGUAAGUUAUCAACACAAGUUUUUAUUUCUGUGCAUGCCUGGCGAUGUAUGAAUAACUUCAAGACUUUCAUACACUUAGUUUCCCUUGAUGUAUACCAAAAUAAAUCCAUCUCAUCAUGA